AUGGAUAUGUUAACAUCCGCCGAGCAGCGCACUCUCGAGCAGCGCAUGCAGAAGCGUCAAGUCAAGGAGUUCGUCAGCGCUUUCGGCGGACUUGUCGAGCACUGCUUCACCUCCUGCGUCGACGACUUCACCUCCAAAUCUAUCUCCACCAAGGAGACCGGCUGUCUCAACCGCUGCGUCCUCAAGUGGAUGGCCACACAGCAGCGCGUGAGCGAGCGCUUCCAGGAGCACAAUGCCCAGAUUACGCAGCAGAUGCAGCAGAAGUAA